GCUACCCCCAAAGUCGGGAUCUCUCAACCCAUGUAGGGCCUUAUAGGUUAGCACUGUGACUUCGAAUUGGCCUUUUCCUCCACUUCCUGUUCUGGCCGCCUUUCUACCAUCUUGCUCCCCUGGUUGCUACUUACCUUCAGGUUUCUACUUUCAUUUAUGUUGAUGGUCCAGUUAACGCCCACAAAUUUAUUAAAGCCCAUGUUCUACUUCAUGUGCUCUUUCGGGGGGGGGGGGUUAUUUAUUUAUUGCCAUUUUGUGUUUCCUAGCUAUUCUACUUAACACUGCCGUAACCAAAUAAAGUCAUUUCAGGUUUACUGUAGUUGGGACAAAAUGUUCUACAGAAGUAAAUGGAGGCAAGAAUGAACACAGGCAUAAUACAAUAUAUCGUAUUUUUCCAUCUAUAAGAUGCCCCCUAUUUUUGGGACUCAGAUUUUAGAAAAUAGGGGGAGAUGUAUCCGUGUAUAAGAUGCCCCCUAUUUUUUGACAUAAUUUUUAGGGGGGGAAACCUAGUCUUAUGCACGAAAAAAUACGGUAACUCUCAAAGAGUAGCUAAAAAGCCAGAGAAAUAUCUAUUUGUAUAGAUAUUUGCAUCCAUUUCACUACCAUCUUUAAAUUACCAUUUUCAUCUGGACUGGUGCUGCUUCAUUUUGGUACCUGCCUACUUAUUUCCAUUUUAAAUGUACGCAUGGGAGUUGGCGCAGUGUGAGGCACCCGCAAUCCUUUUGCAUGUCACCAUGAGAGAGCUAUGUUCAUGUUGAUCCCUAGUGGAGGAAAGAGCAUGCCCUGCAAACAACUAAAUGUGGGAAAUUGUGGACUGCGCUAUCUUGGAAACGAGAAUCCUGCAGUGGUAAAACCUGUCCCUUCUCAACCACCCACACCGUCCCACAAUGUCGUCCUUUUUCUCCAACUUUCCCAGUUUCUCUUGCAGGCGACACAGAAAUAUCGGUAUCUGAGGAGAAAAAUCCACAAGUGGCACUACCUCAAAUUUAUUAACGCCCACAAGCGUCUCCUGCGUAAACCCCACUUGAAUGAACCAGACUUGAAGAACAUCUCUGUUCAUCAUCUGCUCCCAUUCAUUUUUCUAUCGAAUUGUGGCCCAUUAUUCAGAAGUUUGCUUCCCACUCGACUGCUUUCAGUGACAGAUGGAACCUGGUGUGUUAUCUUGCCUCAUAUCCGGGCUGCCACAUGUAAAAUCACUUUCCUGUCCUCCCCAUCCCCUGCCCAACCCUCCUUAGUCCACCUAGAUUCUUUCUCCUGCAAUGGCUUCAACUGUGAGGUCAUUGUGUUCUCAUUCCAACAGCUUCUGGCCUUGUUGGCCUUUGAAAUGGGGUGAGCCUGAUGCAGAACGGCAAUGUUGAGGUUCAAGUUGCUACGAUGGGCCUGUCUGGUGGGGUUCCUAAUCUUCCUGGCACAGUUGAUCCCGAGGACUUUGUCCUACCAGCCAGGCAGCCCCCUCACGACUGACGAGUACCUGGACUUUUUUGCGUCCAUGAGGCCCAAGUGGAAGGCAAGCGUGGUGUGUCAGAUCCGACGUAGCAAAGGUUGCCAGGAUCCUAAAAUCCUACAGCUGGAUCAGUAUGAGAACCAUGGCGAGAUCCCUGAUGGUCCCAUCUGUGCGGAUCUUCCUCACGUCAUACGUUUUGAGACUUUUUGUCUAUUUGCACAGUUUCGGUGUUCAAACCGGAGGUUCUACGUCAAGCGGAUACUGUGCCCAGAGUUUGAAGAGGAUGAGGAUGAACACGAACACGAGGUUCACGAACAUGAGGUUCACGAACAUGAGGUUCACGAACAUGAGGUUCACGAACAUGAACAUGAGCACGAACAUGAGCAUGAACAUGAGCACGAACAUGAACACAGGCAUGAACAUGAGCAUGAACAUGAGUACGAACACAUGCACAGACAUGAAGACGAGUAUGAGGAUCAAGACGAGGUCAAUGCCGUUUCUCCAUCCCCAAGCCAGUUGCGUAACAUGGCGCCAAUAGACCAUAGUGCCACACCCUCCCGCGACGCCCGCCUCCGCUCCAACAUCGACGCCAUUUUGAAAUAUUCCUUUGCCGUCUCAGGCCAGGAGCCUGUGGCCAGGGAACGCUCCAUCUCAACUCCCUCCAGCACGCCGGACUACGUGAGUGCUGUGCUCGUCGCGGCCACUGCAGAAGCCGUGUCCACUACCGAAAUGGCCGUCUCCGAAACUGAAGAGCCAUCAGUCACCAAGGGGCUCUCGAACCAGCAGCUCCACAAGAGCAUCCACCGCCUGAUCGGCAUGGCCUUCUCCCUGGAGCAGUCCCUGAAUGCCGAGAACGCGCAGCCUUACAAAGGAUCAAAGGAAGGAGGCAGAGAAGGAGACCUGAAUAUGCUGACUAGUCAGGAAGGGUCCGGUUCCAAGGGGAGCCUCUUAGCUCUUGACAAGGAAGAAGCUCUGGUGAUUCUCUGCUAUGCAGUGCUGCAAGACAUUUGCAUAUCCUCAGCUGUUAGCAAGGCCUGGAAACAAAUGGAGUCAAAAACCUUUGGCUUUGGGGAUUUGGUGUGUGAUAGCCUUGGCCGACGCCAUGCCGACAUGUGCUCUGAGUGUGCUUUCUGCUCCCUGAAGACAGAGCAGUGCGAAGGAGCCUCCAAUCUGAAGCGUACCCACUGUGUUGGUGGCAUAUUCACAUCCUACAUCAACCCAGGGAUCUUGGCUCAACACCAGGCUAUGCAUUCCAGGGUCCCCACAGGGGUAGAAGAGUAUUUUGGGGUUGAGACAUAUGCAGGCUUGAAAGCAGACUAUUGGUGCGGUCGCUUGGCUGCUCGUGGCUGCGAUGAUUAUCGGGUGUCUCUGUGGUUGAAGACAGAGUAUUCCUCCUUCCAAAAAGGAGAUUUCCCAAAAGAAAUCUGCGACUCGACAGGAGUUCAACACCCCACCUACUGCGCUUUCAAGAGCAAGCAGUGUCUGAAAGACAGCCAUGCUGGAGAGAAGGUGAUGCGGAAGCCUUGCCAAAAAAACCAGACUUACCGAGUGCUAAGUAGGGAGGAAGGGGAAGAGGAAGUGGUGCUUUGGAACAAGAAAUUCUUUCUCAGUAAUGGAGAGGGGAGAGAGUGA